UAAGCUGUCAACGUGUUGUGAUUUUCUGCCGUUGGAUCAAAAUCGUAUAAACACAAAAGCCAAUUAACCCUCUGAUUGCUCUCAUCGGAAAUCUCUCUCGCGCAGAUCAAUCUCCCUUGGUGUCGCUGGAGGUACCUUGUUUUCUUGCCGGAAGCUUCGUUAGCAUUGACUAGAGAAUUGAAAUGGCUGCCCAUAAGAUUGCUCAUCCCACCUUGAGAGGACCAAGAGUUGUCAAGGAGAUUUGUCUUGCAAUUGUGGUUGGUUUGGCUGCUGCUUCCGCUUGGAAGAUGUAUCACUUGAAUGAGCAGAGGAAAUACAGAUCAUUUUAUCACAUGCUGGAGAAAGGUGAAGUUGGCAUUGUUCAAGAAGAGUAAUUGCUAUUAAUAAAUUCUUCUAUCAAAAUGUUGAGGACAACAUUGCUCUUUAUCCUUUUUAUUUCUUUCAUGUGCUCGGAUAACCGAGUUGGCAAGACUUGACUUCGAUCCGAAAGAAUAAGUUGUCUGUGCUGAGAUGUGGGAUCCCAAAUAAUUUGACUGAGAAAGGGUUUUUGA